AUGUCGUUUGCAUUGAAGAAACCAGUGCUAGCGGCACUAAAGAGUUAUCGAGUGUCAAAUGUGAACAAUUUGUUGGCAUCUUCCAGGUGCCUCGGCAUUUCAAGAAGCGUUAGAUACUACUCACAAAAAGGAGACAGUAAGAAAUACAAGUCAAUCUUAGAUAAUGAUCUUCUUGAAAAGACAGGAAUUAACACUGAUAAGGCUACCAGUAAGGAUUCAUCUGUCGGUGACAUGCUUAAGGAAGAAAAGCAGAAGCUUAAACACGAAGCCCAAAAACUUCAUCAGGCAGGGAAGGAAGAAGGAAAGAAGAUUGAAGAGGAAUUCAGUGGCAAAGAUACUGAUGACGAAUUUUCUAGGGCAAAAGAGAGAAGAAAUAAUACGAAGUCAACUUUAGAUAAAAAGAAAGAGAGGUAUGAAAACUUAUUUUGGUGGUUUGUAUUAGGCGGAACUCUAGCUUUCGGUGGAUACAUGAUGAGAAACUGGGAUGAAAAGAAGGAACCGGAGCUUUACGUGGCAGAGGAAAAUGGAUAUUCUCCUUUCAAGAUGCUUAAAAGAUUACGGAAGAGGUUUUCGGGCGUUUCAGGCGUUCUUACCGAACCAGCUUUCAAUGACCUACUACCCCCACCACCUCCUGAACCUUACAAGCACCCAUUGACAUUGGUUUUGGAGCUUGAUGACACAUUAGUCCAUUCAGCAUGGGAUCAUGCAAAAGGAUGGAGAACUGCCAAGAGGCCUGGCGUUGACUACUUUUUGGGAUAUCUAUCACAAUACUAUGAAAUUGUUGUCUUUUCUAAGAGCUCGAUGGCAUUUGCUGAAAACACUAUCUCGAAGCUAGAUCCUUAUCAUGCUUUUAUUUCGUACUCUUUAUUCAAAGAAGUUUGCCGUACAAAAGAUGGAAAGACAGUGAAAGAUUUGAGUAUGAUGAACAGACCACUGGAAAAAAUGAUCAUGAUUGAUCCUGAUCGGGAUUGCGCAUCUCUCCAACCAGAGAACAACAUUCCUUUGGAUAAAUGGGAUGGAAAGAAGGACGAUAAACUUGUUGCUUUAAUCCCAUUUUUGGAAUACGUUGCAACUCAACCAGUGAAAGAUGUCAGGCCAAUCCUUGCAUCCUUUAAAGAUAAAAAAAAUAUCCCAACCGAAUUUGCUUGGAGGGAGCAUAAACUUCGAGAAGAAUGGAACAAACAGCAGAAGGUGAAACAAGAAAACUCUUUCUUGAGUAAGAUUCUUGGUAUUCCACCAUCAUUGGGAUUCCAAUCCAAGAUGCCUUUGGAUGCUAUCAGAGAGGCUGGACAGAAGAACUACGAGAACAUGCACAAAUAUCUACAGGAGAACGGUGAUAAAAUGUUGAAAGAAGAGGAACAGAAGACUAAGGAAAUGCUUGCCGAUCAGAAGUUGACUCUCGGAAAGAUUGUUACAGAGGGCAUGCCUACUGCUGAGGAUAUUGCUAAGCAACAAGCUCAAGCAGCUGCAGCACCUGCUGAUGCGUCAGGAUCCAAAAAAGUGUGA